AAAAUGGAUUGAAAACUCUAAACUGAAAGAAAUCAAGUUUAAGGUUGUCGAAUUCAACCCCAUGGUACUAAAAGGUAAAAUCAGACAAGAUGCAUCGCGUCCUGAACUCCUGCAGCCUCUGAACUUUGUUCGAUUUUAUCUUCCUUUGCUUAUUCAGAAGCAUGAGAAAGUCAUAUAUUUGGAUGAUGAUGUUAUUGUUCAAGGUGACAUCCAAGAACUCUACGAUACCAAGUUAGCUCCUGGACAUGCUGCAGCUUUCUCAGAUGAUUGUGACCUGCCUUCUACACAUGAGAUGGUUAGAAGUGUUGGGAUGCAGAACACCUACAUGGGAUUCUUGGACUACAGAAAGCAAGCCAUUAGAGACCUUGGCAUCAGCCCCAGCACCUGCUCCUUUAACCCUGGAGUAAUUGUUGCUAACAUGACUGAAUGGAAACAUCAGCGGAUUACAAAGCAGCUGGAAAAGUGGAUGCAAAGAAAUGUGGAGGAAAACCUCUACAGCAGCACCCUUGGAGGAGGUGUGGCAACCUCUCCAAUGCUGAUUGUAUUCCAUGGAAAAUACUCCUCUAUUAAUCCUAUGUGGCACAUAAGGCACCUUGGUUGGAGUCCUGAUGCUCGUUACUCAGAGCAUUUUCUUCAAGAAGCUAAAUUACUUCACUGGAGUGGGAGAUACAAACCUUGGGACUAUCCCAGUGUCCACACUGAUCUCUGGGAAAACUGGUUCAUUCCUGACCCUUCAGGGAAGUUCAAACUGACUCGUCCUGAUAGCUGA